AUGACCUCGUCGCGCACCUCAUCAACAACUACUGCUCCAGCUGUGCUCCGAAGUGCUUCAUGCCCAGCGGACAACCUGAAGACUUAUACUGGAGCUGAUGGCUCGACAUACCAGAUACAAUGCGACACGGACUACAAUCCAGGAUCGAGAGGCGAUACUAUUCGCCGGGUCACUACCUUCCAGCAAUGCGUUGAUGCCUGUGUUGCCUUUGGCAAUGCAUGUCAAGCCUCUUCGUUCGUGCCCGGACGUGUUGGAGACAAUUGUUACCUGAAGCAGUCGACGCUGUACAAACAGGCAGUUAAUAUUGUCGUGCACUCCAUCCGACGUCUGACAAACGCUAUAGCUAAGCGGCAAGACGAAACUUUUGCAUCCACCACAUCAGUUGCUAUCGAAGCUGGAAGCACAUUCACCUCAGAUGAUCUCACAGGCAUUGCCGACAAAUCCGUUGACUAUGGCAACGCCGCCUACGAUACCGACGCUAUAGCAGCAGCUGAAGCAGCAUUUCAAGUUCAGGACAUCACGAACUCUACCUCCUCAGGCUCCUCUACUUUCGUGCUUCCCUCGGUCAACGAUACCAUCGCAGCCUCACAAAACGCAAGCAUCCAACUCGCCGCGUCCGCAAACAACCCCUCGUCUAACAGCACUGCCGCUAUCCUCGACUCUUCUGUCGAUACAACGUGGACAUCCCUGUCAGACACCACUCGCUCUAUCAUGCUCAUGGCUACAACCUCCGGUAACCUGAAUCUUGCAGCCCACACCAACAUCUCCUCCGAGAACCCGCAAACAUCCCUCCUCUUCUCUUCAGCCAGCGGCGACGGAGUGAUCACGAGCGACUACGCCUCGAGAUCAUUCGUAUACUUUCCCGCCAGCAUCGCAUCGUACAACGCAUCCCGUUUACGCCUUGUCGACGACCCUUAUAUUCCCAGAGGCAGCAGGAUUGUAACGUUGACGCCGCUCAACAUUGGAGGUGGAGCUGUGUAUGUGGCGGCUGAUACGGAGGGAAAUAUGAUGCAGUUAGCUUGGUGUGAUGUGGAGGGUGGGGCGCCGAAGGUCUUUGUUGUUACUGGGCCGGAGGGUGUGGCUGCGCUGGAGAUGGAGGAGGUCAGAUGGAGUAUCACGGGUGGCGUUGUCAAUGAGUGUCAAGCGUUGACGUUGGCUACUGAGAUGGUUGAUGGAUUGGAUGUGGGAAUCGGAGGUGGAGGAUGGAAAUCGGAUGUGAAGGUUGUCCAUGUGUCGUAUACUGGUUGGCUUCUUGUAUAG